AUGACCAAAUCUCUCAUAAUAGGCAUUUCGGGGCCGUCCUCCAGCGGCAAAACCACUCUCGCCCGUCUCCUCCGUGACAUCUUCCCAAACACAUUCAUCCUGCAUGAAGAUGACUUUUAUAAGCCAGAGCCAGAAUUGCCUGUAAAAGAUGGCUUGUUGGAUUGGGACUGCGCCGGGGCUCUAGAUAUCCCCGGCAUGGCCGAAGCUCUUUCUUACAUUCGACAACACGCUUCAUUUCCGCCAACCCUGGACUCGAAAGAAGACCAAAACUCGGUCGGAAAGUGCCCCAUCCCGGAAUCAACAAUCACCGCACUCAAACGCAAGGUAUCCGACGCCCUCUCCUCUUCUCACCCCCUGCACGGUAGAGAUCUACGGUUAUGUCUCCUCGACGGCUUUCUGUUGUAUUCGCCUUCCAUGCAGGCUAUUCAGUCGAACCUUGAUGUCAAAUUAUUUGUGAGGGCGUCGUAUGCCAAGGCGAAAGCUAGACGAGAAGCUCGUGACGGGUACGUCACUAUUGAGGGGUUCUGGACGGAUCCUCCUGGCUAUGUGGACAAGAUUGUGUGGCCAAAUUAUGUAGAAGAGCAUGCUUGGAUGUUUGAGGGUGGUGAUGUGGAAGGCACUUUCAAAGAAGGUGUGUUGGAUGACUUGGGCAUCAAGGUGUUGAAAGAAGCGCCAGUAGAUGCUGACAUGGAGCAUGUGUUGGAGUGGAUGGUAAAUAUUGUGAUUGGUGAACUGAAAAAUCAUUCAUAG